CUGUACCUGCCCACAUUACUCACACCUCAUUUCUUUGUUCCUCCUUUUUUUUUUGUUUUUUACAAGGCAUGUAAAUAAAAAGUCACAUUGCAUUUCUCUUUCAGUUUACUCUUCUGAUGUACCAAGAAAACCUAAGCACCAGAACAUCUAACACAGUGUUUGGCUGAGACUUUGCUGUAAUGGCUCGCUUCAUACUCUGGGUUGCAGCAUUGAGCCUGGUUUGCCUCAUGGCUGUGGUCACCUCGGACACCGCUCCACAGGUGACCCCUGAUGAGAAUAUCUGUGCCCAGUACUUUGACGAUGGCACCACUAUGACUAUUGGACGGGUCUUUGACAUGAUCGCAAUCAGAUUCAGGGAUUAUGUUCCGGACUUCGCCAGUGAGCUGAUAUGGGAGUUCAUGAGGUUUGCUGAUAGUAACAGGGAUAACCGUCUCAACCAAGCGGAAUGUGAACAGCUCAUCCAGUACAUCAAGCAAAGGGCUCCAGCGAAGUAAAAAUAAAAGUUACUAAAUAAAAAAAGUUUUUUGUACUAAGUCGGCUUUAUUUGCAAUCAGCUUAAAGGUGUGUGAUGUAAAUGACUCUCUAACAAUUACUGAGCAACUGAUUUCUGAAGUGACUGAAGAAAUCACAUAGCAAUAAAACUAUUAAAAAGUGAA